AUGGAUCACCUGACUGCGCUCUUCCAAGAGAUGUGGCGUCAAGGUGAAGUCCCGCAAGAUUUCAAAGACGCAACCAUCGUGCAUCUCUACAAGCGCAAAGGGAAUCGCCAAGUCUGCGACAAUCACCGCGGCAUCUCCCUGCUUAACAUCGCCGGGAAGAUCUUCGCCCGCAGCCUUCUCAACCGCCUCAAUAACCAUCUGGAACAGGGCCUUCUGCCGGAAAGCUAA